GACACCUUCCUCCACUAAUCUAAAACUUAAGCAUACGGUUUUGUACAUUUCUUUGGAUUUCUUUAAAUACUCCUCCCUCCUUCUCUGCUACUUCCCAAGCUCUAUUCUUUAUUUGCUCUGGAUUUCCCCCAUAUAAAUUCCUCAGCUACUGAAAUUUUAGAAAACAAAAUUCUUUUUUGUUGAAUUGGAGUUUGCAAGCAUGUCUUUUCCAUGGAAGAAGGUGAAGAAGACAAGUGUAUGUGAAUUGGUGAAGGACCAUAUUCGUUCUCACAGGAAUGGUGGAUCUCCUCUUAUAGUAGAGACUGGUUUCCCUACUUCCCUUAUAGAUCUCUUUGUCAAGAAUCGCCAAAGGUUCAUUAAACCUUCCAAGAAAAAGGUGGCUAAGUCCACUUUGAGCUCUCCUUCUUAUCUGAAUUUGCAUUUGCCUUUUCCUAUGUCUCCACCUUCACCAGCCACUUACACAAUUAAUAAGGGGUCUCAGUUAAAGGGUUGCCAGGAAAAAGGUGAAAGAUUUGAUGUUGAUACAAAUCAGGUGUUAAUAGCACUUGUGAAGAUUUUUCUUGUAGUAGUUUUAGUUUUAGGAGCAAAGAACUUUGUUAUGGGGAUAACCAUGUCAGCUUGUUUGUUUCUCUUCUUGGAAUAUUUGUGUAGAUGGCUCAUGCCUUGUGUAGGAGCUCAAAGGAGGAUUCUUUUGACAGUACAGUGGGUUUGGAGUUUUGUUGGAGGCAAAAUGGUAGAGUUAAAAAAAGAUGACUUUGUUUAUAAAGCACCAUCACUGCAAGAAGAGUUGGCUAAUCAAUGUGUUAAGGAGAAAACUGAUGAGUCUAAUUGGGAUAGCAAAUUGAAAUGUGAAGGAAUGGACUCAAUGGGGAAAGAAGAGAAAUUGAGGAGUGAAUUGUUGGAAUCCAAGAAAAAUAAGUCUCAUAAAUCAAAUAUGAAAUCCAAGAUGAAGAAAUUUCUUCCAAAGAAGUUCAGAAAGAAAAUAAGUUCAAUGAUUGUCAAGUGAAAGUAAACAAGUUUUGCUCAAAAAAUCUAACUAGAUAUUUAGAUAGUAGAAUAGUUUUUGCUUCUUAUGAAGUGCUGAUUAAGCCU